AUUCCUAUCUAUCUGCCUCCUUCUGUCCUCACCAGCCAAUUUACUGACACCUUGGGGGCUUGCAUGCCAUCGAUGCUCCCCCUGUUCUGUGAUGCUCCCCCUGUCAUGUGAACAUCUGCAUUUUGCUAUCACGGGAAAUCCCCUUUCCUGGUCUACUGAAACACUGUCCUCUUGGAGCUCUGGCCCCUUGCACCUCUUUCCAGCAAAGAUUUCAACUUUUUAUUGAGGCUCUUGUAGCUCAAGAAUAAGAUUAUUUUCUGGUGUUUUUGGAGCUUUGCUCUUGCCGGUUUCCAAGAUUUCUUCUUCGUCUGAUCAUUUCCAAGAUCCGAGCUUGAGGGUUCUUCGAGCAAAGCAAAGGAAUCCACCAAAAAAUACCCCAAGAUUCGGAGCUUGGAGCUGGAGUAAGCCAUGGGUUCCUGGUCCGGGCAUGGAGCGGCGGCGGUGGCCGUGGCGCUGGUUUCUUGGCUGUGCUUCGCGGCGAGCGGCGUCGGCGCGAUUGGGGCGAACUGGGGCACGCAGGCGAGCCACCCACUGCCGCCGGACACGGUGGUGCAGAUGCUCAAGGACAAUGGGUUCCAGAAAGCGAAGCUUUUCGACGCCGAGGAGGGCACCAUGAACGCGCUCAAGAAGAGCGGGCUGGAGGUGAUGGUCGGCAUCCCCAACGACUUGCUGCUGACGAUGGCGACCAGCAUGAAGUCCGCCGAGAAAUGGGUCGACAAGAAUGUCUCCAACUUCCUCAACGACGGCGUCAAUAUCAGGUAUGUUGCAGUUGGGAAUGAGCCUUUCCUGGAGACAUACAAUGGAAGCUUUCUGCAAACCACUUUUCCUGCCAUAAAAAACAUACAAAGUGCACUUAUAAAGGCCGGUUUGGGCAAUCAAGUCAAAGUCACAUGCCCUCUCAAUGCCGAUGUCUAUCAGUCAUCAACCACGAAGCCUUCUGAUGGGGACUUCCGUACGGAUAUUCAUGAUCUGAUGCUCACCAUUGUAAAAUUUCUGAGCGACAAUGGUGGAGCUUUCACUGUCAACAUCUACCCUUUCAUAAGUCUCUACAGCGACCCAAACUUCCCUGUGGACUAUGCCUUCUUUGAGGGGGCUUCGUCACCUAUCAUUGACGGCUCCGUGACAUACACGAACAUGUUCGAUGCAAACCAUGACACACUUGUAUGGGCUCUGAAAAAGAAUGGAUUUGGAGAUCUCCCAAUCAUUGUUGGGGAGAUAGGUUGGCCGACUGACGGGGACAUGAAUGCCAAUGCUCAGCUUGCUCAGCGCUUCAACCAAGGCUUCAUGACUCAUAUUGCAUCUGGGCGAGGGACGCCGAUGAGGCCUGGGCCGGUUGAUGCUUACUUGUUCAGUCUAAUCGACGAGGAUGAGAAGAGCAUACAGCCUGGAAAUUUUGAGCGCCACUGGGGAAUCUUUACUUAUGAUGGCCUGCCAAAGUAUCAACUGAAUUUCGGGACUGCAAAUUCACGAGGCCUUGUCAGAGCAAAGAAUGUGAAGUACCUUGAAAAGAAGUGGUGUGUACUGAAGCCAUCCGUAAGCCUUAGCGAUUCAAGAAUUUCAGACAGCGUGAGCUACGCAUGCUCCUUGGCAGACUGCACCAGUCUUGGUUACAAGACUUCGUGCGGGCAGCUGGACAUACGGGGCAAUGUCUCGUACGCGUUCAACAGCUACUACCAGAAGAAUGACCAAGAUGAUGUGGCCUGUGGGUUUUCAAACCUCGCCACAACCACGGGCCAAGACCCCAGCACCGGAACAUGCAGAUUCGGUAUCAUGAUCGAGGUCGACUCAGCCUUCUCAUGGAAGCAGCAGCAGCUCAGAAGCGACUUCCUCUUUAUGCUUCUGCUUGUGCUUCUCCAGCUAUGCUUGUCAUUCUCAUAGAUGCUUGUUUCACAAUAGCCCCCCCCCCCCUCGAGAUCAACAAUCUGACAGCUUUGAGGAUAAUUGAUGUCUGCUGUUAGUAUGUUCAUUCAUGUAGAAACCUUUAUAUUUUAUAGACUUUGCAAAUGUGGUGAGUUCGAAUUUCGCAGUUGCAUUUGUAAUCCAUCUUGCAUCAUGCGCCAUAACCUUUAGAGGCUGUUCAGCUUCA